AUGUCUAUGAGUGAAAGCAUUUCACGCAUCUACGUGGGAAACUUACCUUCUCACGUAACGCAAAGGGAUGUAGAAAAUGAAUUUCGAAAAUAUGGAAACAUACAAAAGUGUGACGUGAAAAAAACCGUGUCAGGUGCUGCCUUUGCUUUUAUCGAAUUCGAGGAUGCUAGAGAUGCGGCGGAUGCGAUAAAAGAAAAAGACGGUUGUGAUUAUGGGGGUAAUAAGUUAAGGGUAGAAGUCCCUUUUAACGCUAGGGAUAGUGGGAGAUACGGAUCUAGAGGCGGUAGAGGAAUGAUGGGCAGGGGAAUGAGGUCCAGGCGAGGCAGAUACGUCGUUGAGGUCAGCGGAUUACCCCUUUCAGGCAGCUGGCAAGAUUUGAAGGACCAUCUGAGAGAAGCUGGAGAAUGCGGCCACGCAGACGUUUUUAAAAACGGAAUUGGUGAAGUUUCUUUUUUCCACAAGGAAGACAUGCUUGAAGCGAUUGAGAAAUUUAACGGAUCUACAUUUAGGUCUCAUGAAGGUGAAAAGUCCAAAAUAACAAUUAGAGAGAAAAAAAUAUCGUGGCACCGAGAUGGAGGGUACGGUAGGUACGGUAGCAGGAAUAGGAGUUAUUCUAGCAGGAGCUACUCUAGGGGCCGUAAAAGGUCCUACACCAGAAGUAGAAGCUACAGUAGCAGAAGCUACAGCAGGAGCAGAAGUAGAAGUCGAAGUGGAAGUAGGAGCAGAAGCAGGAGUAGAAGUAGAACAUCUAGUAGCAGCAGAAGUAGAAGCAUGGAUCGAAGAAGAGAUGCAUAUGAUAAGAAAAGAAGUUACUCCAAAAGUAUGUCAUACCAACAAAAGAGAAAAAAUAACAGAUCCACAUCAAAGUCUAGAUCUGCAUCAAAAUCCAGAUCUAGAUCCUCCUCAUGGGCCCAUAAGAGAAGACAUUAG